UUGUGGUUCGCAGUUUCCACCUAAUAACAGUGUACCUAACUCUAAUCUUUGUUCCAUCUUCUUAAAUAAAUCAUAAUAAAUAAAAAUGGAAGAAGGUGUUUCUGUUAAACACGAAGAUAGGAAUGUUGAUAUAAAGCAAGAGAACUUGGAAAGUUACACGUUUGAAUAUGAUUCUGGAAGUCAAGAUAGUAGUAAAAGUGGCAGUGGGGCCUACCAGAGAUGGGCGCCUAAUUUAAAUGGAGUUAGAAAGAGUGCAUUUACGCCGUACAAAUCGGUCCAGUGUACUGCGCUUACAAAUUUACAAAGGGGUAACACGCAGGCGCGAGUUCCUGAGCUGCCUCAGCCCGAUUCUAGCUUUCAUGCGAAGGCUGGUCGUGGUGAAAUCACCCGCGACGACGUUAAACUGGAGCAGUAUGUUGAUAUUACUGAUGAACAUGGACUCACUGCCCUGCACUGGGCAGCUAGUUAUGGACAAUUAAAUAGCUGCCAGGACGUUGUUUGGAGUGGCGCCAAUGUAAACAUGCGGGGCCCUGAAGGAGAGACAGCCCUCCACCUGGCUGCAGCUGGUGGGCAUCAUGAAGUUGUUAAGUUUCUACUGAACGAAGGUGCCGAUGCUGAUAUACAGGAUGAUUCCGGCAGUACCGCCCUCAUGUAUGCAGCAGCGGCAGAUUUCCCCUACACUUGUAACGAACUCCUCAUCCGAGGAGCUGAUCUCACACUCACCAACGACUAUGAUCAAGAUGCUUACACUCUCACAACUACCAACAACUGUAAACUUGCACAAACUGUGAUAGAAAAUUUUCUUAUUGGCUGCCUCAGCAAAGUGUGAAGAAGUGUUAUAUUAGUGGAUGUUCAGUUUGCUUUGGAUCACCGAUCACAACACAAGCCAAUUCGUUUGCUACAGUGAAGUAAAAUAAUAAUACAGGGAUUUAGUUUAUAACAAAUUAAUAUAUAUUGUUCGACAUAAUAAUAUACAAAAUAUGACCCCAUGUUGUUAUGAAUAACUCAAUAGACAGACAAUAUAAAGUUAUCCAUAUCACAA